UAAAAGCCAAGUUUUCAAGUAUUUCCAGCAUUACCAUGCUAUGGUGGAAAGGGAGACAGGGUUGAAGUUGAAAUGUCUCCGUACAGAUAAUGGAGGGGAGUACACCUCCAAAGAAUUCAGAGACUACUGUUCCAACCAUGGCAUGAGACAUGAGAAGACAGUUCCUGGCACUCCACAACACAACGGUGUUGCAGAACGGAUGAACCGUACCAUUGUGGAGAAAGUUCGAUGCAUGCUAAGAAUGGCAACUCUACCUAAGCCAUUCUGGGGUAAGGCAGUCAACACAGUAGUGUAUCUGAUCAACCGGUCGCCUUCAGUUCCUUUGAACUUUGAAAUCUCGGAGAAAGCUUGGACGGGAAAGGACGUUGGAUACUCUCACUUAAGAGUGUUCGGGUGCAAAGCAUUUAUGCACGUGCCGAAGGAACAGAGAUCAAAGCUGGAUGAUAAAGCCAUUCCAUGCAUUUUUGUUGGAUAUGGUGAUGAGGAGUUUGGCUAUAGACUAUGGGACCCAAAAAAGAAGAAAACUGUCAGAAGUAAAGAUGUCGUGUUUCAUGAACACGAGAAAAUUAAUGAUUUGAAGGAGGAAAAGGCUACAAGAAGCUCUGGAGAGGGUGUAGAAGAUCUAACACCGGCAAAAACUCCUUCAAGAAAAAUUACAGAUGAAGAAGAGGUGCAAGCACCAGAAGAUGAGACAGAGGAGCCAACAAUCGAAGAAGAUGAAGCAAAGGGGGAGCCGGAGAACUUCCAGGAGGUGCAGUCUCACAAAGAUAAAAACUGCUGGAUGAAGGCUAUGCAGGAAGAAAUGAACUCCCUACAAAAGAACAAUACUUAUGAGCUUGUGGAACUUCCCAAAGGAAGAAAAACCUUGAAGAACAAAUGGGUGUUCAAGCUCAAGAAAGAUGGUGACAAGAUAGUCAGAUAUAAGGCUCGGCUGGUGGUAAAGGGCUUCAGUCAGAAAAAGGGGAUUGAUUUUGAUGAAAUAUUUUCCCCAGUGGUAAAGAUGAGCUCGAUUCGCGUUGUGCUUGGUCUAGCAGCAAGCAUGAAUCUUGAGCUUGAGCAGUUAGAUGUGAAAACUGCAUUUCUUCAUGGUGACUUGCAUGAGGAAAUUUAUAUGGAUCAGCCAGAAGGUUUUGAAGAACACGGGAAGGAGCAUAUGGUUUGCAAAUUGAAUAAGAGCUUGUAUGGACUAAAGCAAGCUCCAAGACAAUGGUAUAAGAAGUUUGACUCUUUUAUGAUGAGUCAUGGUUACCAAAGAACAAAUGCAGAUCCAUGUGUCUACAUCAGAUUAUUCCCUAAUGGCAACUUCAUUAUCCUUUUGUUAUAUGUUGAUGAUAUGUUGAUUUUGGGACAAGAUGUUGAGAAAAUUUGCAGGUUAAAAGAGGAAUUAUCAAAGUCCUUUGACAUGAAGGACUUGGGACCAGCAAAGCAAAUUCUGGGUAUGGCUAUUACCCGUGAUAGAAAGGCUGGGAAGCUGUGGUUAUCACAGGAAAAGUAUGUUGAACGGUUGCUUGAAAGGUUCAACAUGAAACAUGCUAAGCCAGUUAGCACUCCUCUUGCAAAUCACUUCAAGCUAA